GAGCUAUUAAAGGACAAAGAACUUUUACAUAAAUAUGGUUGCGCCAAAUUUGACAUAACUCCACCAGAAAAGAAGAAGAGAGAAAAGAAAGAAAAGAAAGUAGAAGAAGAGAAGAAAGAACCUGAACCAGUUCCAGAGAAGGGGAGAUAUGACAUGUAA